AUGGUAGGCGAUUUAUUUUGCUCCACACGCAAUACGCUCAAACUGCGUAAGGACCAACAAAAUCGUAUGCAGAACCGUGCAUCGCCAUACCUCAAGAUACGACCAUCGGCCCUGCUCACGUCUCGCUUUCUAGGAGCGGUCUCACACAACGAUACAGAACGGGUGAGAGAAAUGAUACAGCAAGGCAUGUCUCCAAACACGUUCGACAGCUAUUUCAAUCGAUCGGCGUUACAUAUUGCCUGCAGCAGAGGUUUUCGGGACAUUGUACGAAUUCUGCUCGAGAAUGGAGCCAAUCCGAACAUAAGGGAUAAAAAUUUGAACACCCCACUCCAUCUGGCCUCCAGCACGGAAAGCGUGGAAGUAGUGCAGCUGCUGUUGGACUACGGUACUAACGUUUUGUUGCGCGAUUCGAACGGUUUACUAGCACUGGACUUUUCCAUCGGGAAGCUGCGACUGUCGGAGCGUAUCAUAUCGAAAAUGCAAAAGCUAACACAGAGCGACAUACACAAACAUCGGGAAAAAACGGCCGAAAUAUGCGAACGAAUCUUUACCGUGUUCAAGCAGCAGAUCCGGAACAUCGAUCCACCGAGCCUGGGCCUGGACGAGGCAAUGCUGGAACAGAUGCUGAACGAUUUCUCCAAACAGCUUGGCAAGGUGCGGCAGCGCAAAAUAGAUCUCGACUCGAUCGUCGAUCAAAUCAGUAAUCUUAAGGUGAAGAGUGAGAUUGAUAGCGAUGUUAGCUCGUUGCUAUCAACGUUGCAACAGUUCACACUGUAA